AUGCCAAUUCGCAGAGGUCAUGUCGCUCCCCAGAACAUGUUCCUGGACACCAUCAUCCGCAGACUGGAGGGUCGCAAUCGGAAGUUCGUCAUCGGCAAUGCUCGGGUGGGCGACUGUGCCAUCAUUUUCUGCAACGAUGCCUUCUGCCAGAUGUGUGGUUACUCACGGGCGGAGGUGAUGCAGAAACCCGGGACCUGUGAAUUCCUGCACGGCCCUCAGACCAAGAGCGCUGCGGCCGCCCAGAUCGCCCAGGCUCUGCGCAGUUCCCAGGGACGGAAGGUGGAGCUGCUACUCUACAGGAAGGAUGGGUCCUGUUUCCUCUGCCUGGUGGAUGUUGUUCCUGUGCGCUGUGAGAGAGACUCUGUCAUCAUGUUCAUCCUGAACUUUGAGGUGACCUUGGAGGAGGUGAUGCUGGAUGCAGCCUGGAAGGAGAAGGUUCCGGCACCCUGGUUCACUGCUGCCCACCGCCCGCCGAUCCCGACGCCAGCCCGCCGAUCCCGACGCCAGCCCACCGAUCCCGACGCCAGCCCACCGCCCGCCGAUACCGACGCCAGCCCACCGCCCGCCGAUACCGACGCCAGCCCACCGCCCGCCGAUACCGACGCCAGCUCACUGAUACUGACGCCAGCCCACCGCCCACCGAUACUGACGCCAGCUCACCGAUACCAACAGACUGUGAAGGAUGUGCUGAGAACCCCACUGCCCAGCUCCACCUCGGACACUGACCUGGUGACCCACACUGUCAGCAAGAUCCCACAGAUCACCUUCAACUUGGUGGACAUGGAAGGGGAUCGGUUCACUCUGCCGGCCACCAGUGACCAGGACAUCAUCACUCCCAAGGUCAGGGAGAGGAACCACACCGUCACCGACAAGGUCACCCAGGUGCUGUCUCUUGGAGCUGAUGUGCUGCCCGAGUACAAGCUGCAGGCUCCCCGGAUUCAUAAGUGGACCAUUCUUCAUUACAGCCCCUUCAAGGCCGUGUGGGAUUGGCUCAUCCUCCUGUUGGUGAUCUACACUGCCAUCUUCACACCCUACUCUGCAGCCUUCCUACUGAACGACCAGGAGGAGGUGAGGCGGAGGGACUGUGGAUACUCCUGCAACCCCCUCAAUGUGGUGGACCUGAUAGUGGACAUCAUGUUCAUUAUCGACAUCCUCAUUAACUUCUGCACCACCUACGUCAACAGCAACGACGAGGUGGUCAGUAGUCCAGCAAAGAUAGCUGUCCAUUACUUCAAGGGCUGGUUCCUCAUCGACAUGGUGGCCGCCAUACCCUUCGAUCUGCUCAUCUUCCGUUCCGGCUCAGAGGAGACAACCACUCUGAUUGUCCUGUUGAAGACCGCGCGCCUCCUGCGUUUGGUGCGUGUGGCUCGUAAGCUGGACCGCUACUCGGAGUAUGGAGCGGCUGUCCUCUCUUUGCUCAUGUGCACCUUUGCCCUGAUCGCCCACUGGCUGGCCUGCAUCUGGUACGCCAUCGGCAACGUGGAGCGGAGCUUCCUGCGGCCAAGGAUCGGCUGGUUGGAUUCGCUGGGUGACCAGAUCGGCAAACAGUACAGCGAGAACGACACCUCCUCUGGCCCCACCGUCAAGGACAAGUACGUCACUGCACUCUACUUCACCUUCAGCAGCUUAACCAGCGUGGGGUUUGGGAAUGUCUCGCCCAACACCAACUCAGAGAAGAUCUUCUCCAUCUGCGUCAUGCUCAUUGGCUCUCUCAUGUACGCCAGCAUUUUUGGCAAUGUCUCUGCGAUCAUCCAGCGCCUGUACUCAGGCACGGCUCGCUACCACACCCAGAUGUUGCGAGUCCGGGAGUUCAUCCGCUUCCACCAGAUCCCUAAUCCCUUGCGCCAGCGGCUGGAGGAGUAUUUCCAGCACGCCUGGUCCUACACCAACGGCAUCGACAUGAACGCGGUGUUGAAGGGUUUCCCCGACUGUCUACAGGCGGACAUCUGCCUGCACCUGAACCGCAGCCUGCUGCAGCACUGCCAGGCGUUCCACGGUGCCUCGGGGGGCUGCCUGCGGGCACUGGCCAUCCGGUUCCGCACCACGCACGCCCCCCCAGGGGACACGCUGCUGCACGCCGGCGAUGUGCUCACCGCGCUCUACUUCAUCUCCCGUGGCUCCAUCGAGGUGCUGCGUGACAACCUGGUGCUGGCCAUCCUUGGGAAGAACGAUGUGUUUGGGGAGCCCAUCAACCUGUUUGCACGGGCGGGGAAGUCCAGCGCAGACGUGCGGGCGCUGACCUACUGUGACCUUCACCGUAUCCAGCGCGAGGACCUGCUGGAAGUGAUGGACACCUACCCAGAGUUCUCGGGACACUUCUGGUCCAACCUGGAGAUCACCUUCAACCUGCGCGAUACCUCGACAAUGCCGGGUUCGAGCUCCGGUGAGGAGUCGUCUCCCUCUGGCUGUCUGCGCAGGAGGAAGCUGCAGUCUCGGAGGAGGACAGAGCACGGUGAUGGUCGGUUGGACAAGGGUGGGAAACCCUCGGGAAUGUGGAGUGACCUUCGCCCAGGAGCCACAUGUGGAGCGAGCAGAGAGAAGACGCACAGCACCUUGUCCUCUCGUUCCCUGCAGAGUGACCAGGAGCACACAGUCCUGUUCCCUGGGACCAUCGAGCUCUCUCCACUGCGUUCCACCAGUCACAGUGACUUCCUCUUCAUGCCGGGAAGUGAAUCGCAGAGGGAGCAGGCAGGAGAAGGUUGCCGUAAUGCCAGCUCAGGGCAUCUCUCCAACAUCUUCGGUUUCUGGGCCAGACCACCCACCCACCUGCUGCAGGACAUCUGCCCCCGACCAACGGUCACUCCUUGCUCGGGCCCCCGGCCGGUGUCCACUCCCAGCCGCCACCAGUGGGCCAACAUCGACCGCAGGCUGCAACUCCUGCAGAAACAACUAACCAGGCUGGAGUCCCAGGUGACGGCCGAUGUCUCCUCCAUCCUGCAGCUGCUCCAGAGACCCCUGGUGCUGACCCCUCCAGCCUACAGCACCGUCUCCACCCACCCCCCUCACCCACCCAGCGGGUAUCAGAUCUCAUCGACGACAACGGCAUCAUUCACUCAGGGUGGUGCGGGGCAGGAGUCGGCUCCCGUGUGUGAUGGAAUGUUGUGGGGGAGCGACAUGUUGGAGGGGAGUGGACCCCACACCACGCAGGGUGAGAGGAGGGGGAGCUGGGCAUGGACGGGCCCAGACUCUGGACCCAUCGGACGCCACCAAUCGCUGCCCGAGCAGCUCCCAGGACUCCAGAAUGUUCCGCAGCCCCACAGGGUGACCUCCAACCCUGGCAGCUAA